UUCCCACACAUCCAAACCAUUUCCCCUUCUCUCUUCACUUCCCAAAAAUUUAACUCUCAAUCAAUGGAGCUCUUAACCCUAGCCGCUUCAAUUCUCCUCAUCGCCCUCACAAUUUUCCUCCUCCGCCGCAGCAGCUCCGGCGACGCCACACUUCCACCUGGCAGCUUCGGCUGGCCGGUCCUCGGCGAGAGCGUCGAAUUCCUCUUCGGCAAGCCGGAGAAAUUCGUCGGCGAUCGGAUGCGAAAAUACUCCCCGGAUAUCUUCAAAACCAAAAUCCUCGGCGAGAAAACCGCCGUCAUCUGCGGCCCCGCCGGCCACAAAUUCCUCUUCUCCAACGAGCAGAAACUAUUCACCGCAUUCCGCCCCCAUCCAAUGCAGCACCUCUUCCGCUCCUACAAGCCUAAAUCCGCCGCCGCCGCCGCGCCGCCGCCGGCCGCGCUGAUGCCUUCCAAAGACAACGACGAGACGAAGGCGAUUCGCCAGCCUGGAUUCCUGAAGCCGGAAGCCCUGAUGCGAUAUCUGGCGGGAAUGGAUUUGAUCACGCAAAAGCAGCUGCACAUUCACUGCGACGGUAAAAAAAUCGUGGAGUUUUACCCGCUGUCAAAAACAAUUACCCUUACCAUCGCGUGCCAGUUUUUUUUGGGGAUAAAUAACCCGGAGCGGAUCGCGCGGUUGGUUAAGAACUUUGAUGAUGUCACGGUGGGGAUGCAUUGCAUCAUGCUGAAUUUGCCCGGGACGAUUUUCUACCGCGGUAACAAGGCGGCGGUGGCGCUACGGAAGGAGCUGAUCGCGGUGAUCAAGGAGAAGAAGGAGGCGAUGGCCAAGGGCGGGCCGCUGCACGACAUCUUGUCGCAUAUGAUUGUGGCAUCUGACCCGAGCGGGAAGUCGAUGCCCGAGGCCGAGAUUGCGGAUAAGAUGAUGGGGCUUUUGACCGCCGGGUAUAGCACCGUCGCGACAACUAUGACUUUCUUAAUGAAGUAUUUGGGACUGAACCCCGAUAUCUAUGAACGAGUUCGUGCAGAGCAAUUGGCGAUUGCGGCGGCUAAGAAGGAAGGAGUGCCACUGGAUUGGGAAGAUAUGUCGAAGAUGAAAUAUUCAUGGAAUGUGAUAUGCGAGACAAUGAGAAUGGUUCCUCCAUUGCAAGGGACAUUUAGGGAAGUGAUUGAAGAAUUUACUUAUGCUGGCUACACCAUCCCCAAGGGUUGGAAGGUAUAUUGGACUGUGAGCACGACUAGCAUGAACCCACAAUAUUUCAAGGACCCAGAGAGGUUCAACCCGUCGAGGUACGACGAGGGAGAAGCGCCUCCCCCGUACACCUACGUGCCAUUCGGAGGAGGGCUGAGAAUGUGCCCAGGAAAAGAGUAUGCUAGGAUAUCGAUAUUGGCUUUCGUUCACAACGUCGUGAAAAAGUACCGAUGGGAAGUGGUUGACCCGAACGAGAAGGUCGAGGGAGAUAUGAUGCCGGAGCCCCAAAAAGGGCUGCCGGUGCGUCUUUACCAACAUUGAUGCAAAGGGACAGGCCGAAAAUUGUUUGUUGUACAAUCAAAGUCAAAUUAAGGAAUUGAAUCCUCCUUUUAAUUUCUUUUAUGGAUACAUGUUAUUGAAUGUCUAGUUUUAGUAUUGGUUUUAAUGAUGUUCUAAAAAUAUGAAUGUUUUUGUUGGAAGCA